AUUGGCUUAUUCGCCUCGAUCUUCUCGCCGUUACGCCAUUUGUUCCCUCCAGUUCAAACCCCUUUUCAAAAUUCUCAUUUUCAAUCUUUGCCAAUUGGUCUACAGCUCUUUCAUUGCUCCUUCCGAUUACAGCAGUGCGCGCAAAUGAUAAGAACUUCGCUUAGAGGCUGCUACGAGGAUGGCACCAGCGGUGCCGUCGCCUCCGCAAUCCUAGACGCCGGAGACGUCGAGUUCAAAGCCAACACGACCAUUACCUCCGGCCCAUCCUUCGACGACCUCUCUGUCUCGGUAGAAAAGCCUGGUUUGUUCUCCAUCGACUACAGUAUUCCGAAAAAGGAUGUGCGAUUUCAGUUUAUGAAUUCGGCUAGGGUUUUAGAGAAGCAGCUGAGUUUGACGUACUCGCACUGGAGGGGCGAUAAUCGAAUGGAACUGGAUGGGAAAUUGAUGAUCGACUCUGCAAACAUAUUAUCCGCUAAUUACGAGCCUAAUACUGGGAACUGCAAGGUGAAGUACAGCUACAAGCAUGGCGGACUAGUGACAUUUGAGCCGAGCUAUGAUUUCGGUCAAAAUGCUUGGGACAUUUCCCUUUCCAGAAGAGUUUUUGAUAAUGAUGUGGUUAGGGCUACCUAUCAAAGUUCAAGCAAGGUUUUGGAGUUGGACUGGUGCAGCGUUACAAGUAUGAGUGGAAGCUUUAAGGUGUCUGCGUCUAUUAACUUAGCUGAUCAGUCAAAAGCCCCUACUCUUCGAGCUGAGAGCACCAUAAAUUUUGAUGUGUAAUUCACCGACCUCUUCAAUGUAAACGAUUCUUGUAAACCUCACUUCACUCGGUUGCAAACCUUCAUUCUAUAAAAGAUCUACAUGUCAAUUAACUUUUCGCUCUUAGAUAGACACAUAGUUACAUUCAUUCAAUUAAUGUUUUAUGUUCAC